AUACAAUAAUACUGCCAGCUGUAAGUCUUUCUCCAGGCCGCGAAGCAAACGCACGACAGCGCUCGUCUGCUUGGGAUUUUCACGAUUUUCCUGAAGGCAGCGCCGGAAAAUAAAAAAAACGCCCGCCUCUCCCACCAGUGCAUCCAGUGGAUAAAGUUUAUUCAUUUUGCAAGACUCGUCGUUCGGACGCUACGGAAAUCUUUGCCUGCGCGAGACUCGUCGAAAGGAGCACAAUUGCGGGUUAUUCGGUGUCUGUGGUGUGUGUGUGCUGCUCAAUAAAUUGGAUAAAAGUCCGCAGAAAUUAAAAAAAAAAGUGGGGUUGGAGCUGGAGCUGGAGCGAGAACGCCACGAAGUCCAAUAGAAAGCUUCUGAGUGAUUGUCGCUGCCUUUUGUUUUGGUCCCCCUGUUUGUUUACGCGUCAAAAGCGAGUGUCUCCAACUUCCCUUUGUGUACAGUGCUGAUUCGCGAAUGGUGCACGGGAAUCUGUAACGUCCGCCCCCCGCCCGCGUCCUGAUUCGAAGUCACAGCCCCGCCUUCGGGGCCAUCAGAUGGAAAUGCAGCAGGAAGUGUGAGGAGCGCAAUGAUGUGAUGUCUCCACACAUUCCGCUAUCGUCAGCCAAAGCAAAUAUCCCGAUCCCCAAUAUUAACUGCAACAACCACGAGGCCCAGCCGCCGAAGAUGUCACAGAGGUCGCGUUUCCAUCUGCAGCUGCCUCUGGUGCUCCUGCUGGUGCUGCAGAGCACAUGCUGGCUGCCAGCGGAAGCUGCCGCGGAGAGCGGCGGAGGAAAGCCAAAAGCUGACUAUUUUCCUGCCACUCACGAGUUCUCAACUCACACUGUGAUACGACCCCAGGUGCAACAUGGGCGCACUAAGCGCAGCCUGCUCUCCACCCUGGACGCCACCGACGGCCUUCACACGCCGCAAAUCACCCUGAGCUACAUACACGGGGGCAAGCGGACCAUCAUCGACCUGCAGAGGAAUGAUGGCCUGCUCCCGGACAAGCAUUUCCUGCGCUACCAGAACUCCACCGGGGCCGCCUCCACUGGCGACCACGUGGUGCGCAAUUUCACCAAGACUGAGGUUGAUUUGUGCCACUACCAGGGCCAUGUGCGAGGUCAACCCGAUUCCAUAGUGGCGCUCUCCACCUGCAACGGCGUCUUGGAUGGCAUCGUCUUCGAUGGACGCGAGACGUACUUCAUCCACCCCCACGUGGAGAGCACUGGGCGCCUGCAGGACCACCACUACCUGUUGAGGCAGGCGGACAGGCUCCCAACGAACGCCACCUGUGGCUACGAUGGCCACACCGAUAACCACAGUCACGGCGAGGACACGGAUGGCAACACACUACCGGAGGACGUUUCACUGCCACCCCUCCACCACCUGGAUGGCGGGGAGUUCCAGAACACGCUCCUGAGGAGGCGCCGCAGCACGGACGACAGCAGCCAGCUGAUCCGGGGACCCUACAACGCCAACAAGUACUCCAGCUACGUGGAGCUGGUGAUCGUGGUGGACAACAAGGUGUACAAGCACUUCCAGGAGAGCGCCAAGAAGGUCCACCAGCACUGCAAGAACCUGGCCAACAUCAUCAACGCGCUCUACGUGCCCCUUAACAUCUUCGUGGCCCUGGUGGGCGUGGUGAUCUGGAACGAGUCGAACGAGAUCGAGUUCUCCAGCGACGGCGACGUGACCCUCCGAAACUUCCUGAACUACAGGAGCACCAAGCUGGUGGUGGAGCACCCCAACGACAACGCUCAGCUCCUGACCAAGGAGACCUUCGCGGGCGGCGUGGUGGGCAAGGCGCUGAAGGGCCCCAUCUGCACCUACGAGUACUCCGGCGGCGUGAGCAUGCAGCACAGUCCCAACACGGCGAUGGUGGCCACCACAAUGGCCCACGAGAUGGGGCACAACUUCGGCAUGGAGCACGACACGCCCGACUGCCACUGCCCGGACGAGAAGUGCGUGAUGGCUGCCUCAAGCACCUCAGUGGUCCCCGUGAGCUGGAGCAGCUGCAGCAUCGACCAGCUGACCAUAGCCUUCUCCCGGGGAAUGAACUACUGCCUCAGGAACAAGCCGGAGCGGCUCUUUGAGUCGCCAACGUGCGGCAACGGAUUCGUGGAGCCGGGGGAGCAGUGUGACUGCGGCCUGCCGGAACACUGCCAGAAUGCCUGCUGCAACGCCCACACCUGCAUGCUGCACUCGAACGCCUCCUGCGCCACCGGCGAGUGCUGCGACCUGGCCACCUGUCGGCCCAAGAUGGCCGGCAGUGCCUGUCGCGAGGCGGAGAACGAGUGCGAUCUCCCGGAGUACUGCACGGGCGAGUCGGAAUACUGUCCCGCCGAUGUCUUCCGCCGCGACACGGAGCCCUGCGACGGCGGACAGGCCUACUGCUUCCACGGAAACUGCCGCUCCCACUCCAACCAGUGCCGCAUCUUGUGGGGAUCCACGGGAGAGAACUCUGAGCACUGCUACGACAAGAACAUGGCCGGCGACCGGAUGGGCAAUUGUGGGUACAACCGCCUCAACAAAACCUUCCUCCGCUGUGAAUCGGAGCACGUCAAGUGCGGAAUGCUGCACUGCAUCCACCUGAACGAGCGUCUGGAGUUCGGCAUGGAGUCGGCGGCUGUGCUCUCGCACUCCUACAUCAGCCACGAUCGCAAGAUUGUGGCCUGCCGCACCGCCGUGGUGGACCUGGGCCUGCAAAGCACGGAUCCGGGCCUGACGCCCAACGGAGCCAAGUGCGGCGAGGAUAAGAUGUGUGUGAACCAGAAAUGCCUUCCGGUGGCCACCGUGCGCUCCACCGGCAUGGGCAAGGCCUGUCCGGACAACUGCAACGGCAACGGAAUAUGCAACAGUAUGGGGCACUGCCACUGCGACGUGGGCUUCGCAGGCGAGUCCUGCGGCAAGGCGGGAGCUGGAGGUUCUCCCGACAGUGGACCUGCCACAGAUCCGAAUGGAUCCCCGGGCCUGAAGCGCUUCUUGUACGUGCUCUUUUUCCUCGUCCUGCCGGCGGUGGCCUGCUGCUGGCUGCUCUACCGAUGCCACAAGAGCGGACUCUUCAACGGAAAGCUGAAGGACAAUAUCCUAAAGUCCUCGGGAGUGAGCAAGCCUGCCACCGCCAGAAGCAAUCAAAACGGCAGUGGCCCUCCGCCUGGCAAUGGACUACUGAAGUCGACGCCGAGCAGCACGGACGACAUGGACUCCGCCUUACUGAAGUCCCCGACCGAGUCCGCACCUACCACCGCUGGAAUGUUUGGAAAGUUCGAUGGCUUCACCUUGCGGCCCUUGAACGACGCCACGACGCCUUCAGGAAACUACAGUGGGCCGAACGUGGCCUUUGUGCAGCCCACCGUCCAGCAAGAUGCAGGCGCGCCCCAGCGUGCUGCUCCUCCUCCGCCGGCUAUCAAGUCACCGCCCAGUCCUAAACCGGAAGCCACUUAUGUGCGGCCGGCCCCUGCUCUGCCUCCUCCCAAUCCGGGAUCCACCGCAAGACCCAUUAUUUCGCCACCGAAACUAGACUCCAGUACCUUGAGCAUGGUACCCCUGAAGGGCAGCACCGACGAUGUGUCACCUCGCUCGGGCUCCGUUCCACCUCCGCCAGUGCCCCUUCACUCGGACCCCAAACUGAAUAUGAAACGCGAUGGCACCAUUCGCCGGUUGACUUCCUUUUUGAAAAAGGACGAGAAACCUCCUCUGAAGGAGAAGACCUACAUUGACCGGGAGCGGCUGAGGACCUUGGAGAUAUCGGCUCCCAUGCCGGUGCCGGCUGCCCCACAGACGGAGUCCUCGAACUCCGACUCGGAGACCACUCCCCGCGAGGAGGAAACCCAAAAUCUGGUGAAACGAGCCCAAUCAAUGAGGUCUCCUACCAAGAAGACCCCCUUGCAGUCCUUCGGUUCUAUGCGCUCUCCACCUGGGCUGCCGCGUCCCAAGAGCGGUCAGGUGAAUAACUCCAGUGGAACCUCCAGGCCAAAAUCGCCUCCUCCCAGGCCUCCACCGGUGGUGGUGAAGAAGACGAACUCGAUCACAUCAGCCUCGGGUUACCAGCGACCCGUUUCCACGGCCCAGCGGUCAGUGGAGAACACCUACGACGACUGCGAGUUUGUCGAGCGGGAAACCCGCGCCUCCAACGACGACAUCUACUCGGUAAUUGACGAGAUUCCGCCGGCGGCCCAAACCCUGAAAAGAAGCGAUCUGGUGGCCAACCGGGUGAGCAAUGGCAGUGACAUGGGGCUGCUGAAUGAGAUCGUCAAUGAGCUGGAGAAGAUCAACGGAGAGUCUGUGUACUCGGGCAAACCAGUGGCGGUGGGAGCCGCAGCCCCAUCAGUAGAUACUCCCAAGAGUCCCCAACGACCUGCUCCGCCCAAGCCGGCUAGCAGUGUUCUGGAGGAGAAGGCGGCAGCGGCAGCCAGCACAUAUCAUCGGCCUGCGGCUGUAAAUGCACCAGUGGCCCGGGUUAAGCCCACACUGGCGGACAAAUCUGCGCCGCCUCCCAGCAUGUCCAGCUUCAAGCCGCCGGCGGGAACCGGCGUCCAGGCUGUGGCCCCUGUGGCUCUCCACCAGGCCAAGCGGAGCAGCAGUGGUAGCAUCACAGGAGGAGGAAACAACUCGGCCUCCCGUCCCAAGUCUUUUGUGAAAAGCACAACCAAAACACUGCCCAAUGGAACGGGGGCGACGUCUGCGCCCUCGGCCACUAUCCAGAAGCCGAAGCCGCUCUCGGCCAAGCCAUCGUUUAGCGGCGGAGCAGCUGGAGGCAUUCCGGGAAAGCGGCUUAACGGGGCGGCGGCCCCCACCCCGCCCACCGUAAAGACUACAGCGGCGCCCAAAUCCAGCAUCGCGUCCCUGGCGCAACGAUUCGAGCAGAACAAGUAGACUAAGACCGAGCACUGGGCGGGGCGAGUAGGAUAAAGGCAUAGCUUGACAUGGGUGCAAGGAUGCAAGACAGGACGCAGUUCCUUCAGAUGUUUUAGGCUUAUGUUGAAGAUGAUUCCGUUGCUUACGUAUUUCGUUAUGAUUAGCUGUUUAUAAGAAUAGCAUGUAUGAUAUACAUUUUUCAAAACUCAUUUGGAUGAUACUGUGAAAGGUCCUUGUUUAUGGGAACAGAAUUCUUUUGAAUUUGAGUGUACAUAUUCUUAGGAAUAGUUUUUUGUUUUUAGGUUUAAUCUUGAGUUUACGUCUUACAAAAUACAGUGUAUAUUAGUCUUUAUUUUUGUAAAAUAGUUGAAAGAGAUUGAGCUUCACCAUAGAUGCACAUUAUUUUUGGAAAAACAGAGCAGCUACUGCCCCAGCCCCGAGUAAUACUAAGUUCCCGCCCUAUGCGGAUUCGACUUUUAAGCUUUAGUUAAGAUACAAUCAAAUAUUAUUUGACUCUGACUGCAACUAAGCCCGACUCGACUCUGAUAUUCAUUCCCGAACCGAUCGACCCACUAUUUAGAUGUAAGCAUUGCUGGACUCAUGUGCUAAGUUAUGUAUCUCAAUGGUUAAUGUUUAAGCGCCGCUUGUGAAGUUUAGUUUAGCCCUUACUAACUUGUAUUUAUGUAGCAUGUUCGUAUGCAGUAAGACAUAUGCUUUUGUAAAUAUAAACCAAAGAAGUUCAAUUGUCACAACAAAGCGCCGCCUCGAAGAAAUCAAUUAAAACGAUGUACAGCUGGGAUAUUGAGAGUAAACAAAUAAGAAACAAAAUAUGUAAUACAUAAAAAGUAAGAAUCGGAGGUUUAGUAGCGAAACCAAUUUUAACUGUCUCAAUGUUGCGAAUUACGUUGUAUGCUCCUAUGUAACGACGAUAUCAAACGUGUAUAGAGCCGAAGUUAUGUUAUAAAAUAUAUGUUCACCUAAAUCGAAAAA